AUUGUGCGCACAUUAAUGUGUUCCCCUACCGCCAAAGCCAGUGUCCGCUCGAAUACUGCGAAAACACGCGAAUAGUCUGCAGAGAUGCCAUCAAACAAAAGUUUUAGAAAGAGACGUAACUCAUCCGACGAAGAGGACGAUGAAACCGCAGAAGAAGUCAGAUCUAAAGUGGACGAGCUGAAAGAAAUACAGAGUAUGCGCCAGAGACAGAAGGGAGUCAGUGUGACCGCCCUGCUGGUUGGGGAGAAACUACCACCCGAGGCGGAAAUUGAUAAUGACCCUUUUAAACUGAAGACGGGAGGUGUAGUAGACAUGAAGAAAGUGAAGGACAGAAACAGGGACAUGACUGAAGAAGAAACAGACUUGAACCUGGGAACCUCCUUUUCAGCUGAAACCAACAGAAGGGAUGAGGAUGCAGACAUGAUGAAAUACAUUGAAACGGAGCUGAAAAGGAAGAAAGGCCUUGUAGAAGCCGAGGAGCAAAAAGUGAAGGUGAAGGAUGCUGAAGAUCAUCUGUACGAGCUUCCGGAGAACAUUCGAGUGAAUUCAGCCAAGAAGACGGAGGAGAUGUUGUCCAAUCAGAUGCUGAGUGGGAUCCCCGAGGUGGAUCUGGGCAUCGACGCAAAGAUUAAGAACAUCAUCCAGACAGAGGAGGCCAAAGCUAAGCUUCUGGCAGAGCAGAGGAACAAGAAGAAGGACAACGGCACGUCGUUCGUACCCACAAACAUCGCUGUCAACUACGUUCAACACAACCGCUUUUACCACGAGGAUGCAAACGCACCACAGAGGCAUCAGAGACACAGAGAGGAGCCCAAAGCCAGGCCGCUGCGAGUGGGCGACACGGAGAAGCCAGGUGUUGAAGCUCCACCGACGCCCCCCAAUUUCCGCAAGCGGCCCAACAACGAGAAGGCGACGGACGACUACCACUAUGAAAAGUUCAAGAAGAUGAAUCGACGUUAUUAAGCAACGUAGUUUCGCUCAUGCAUUCAUGUAUUACAGCUCACCAUGGACUGGUUCUUAUCAAAUCCAUCCCUGAAACCUUAAAGAUGGAGAAUGAAUUUUGUCACUUGUAAAUAUGUUUUUUUCCAUUUUCUUUCUAGAAUAUCUUCAUGUGAAUUAAGGUAAAUGGUGUUAGUGAUGUGGAAACAAUGCAAAAACCAGGAUUUAUUUUCGAAGAAAGUUCUUCACUUUUAAUUAAAAAUGGAAACUCGA